AUGGCGACAUAUCCCGCCUACAUCCACAUGAUCUCCUCCACUGCUUUGGUGGCUAUGUCUGGCAAUGAGAUUUGUGGUCUUGUGGCGACCUACAUGGGAACCAAGCGAACUCAAGAGUUGAUCCCGCACUUGCGAAGCCGCUGCUUGCCCAGCUUCUUGCUGGCGCUGAUGUUUGGCUGGUUGGCUGUGGUGGAGUACUUCUUCGCACGUCCUGGCAUGACUUUGGCCCAUGUCCAUACCAACGCCGAUGGGAUGACCGUCAUGGGAAGGCCGGUCUACACUUUGCGCUACAUCGAGUGGUGCAUCAACGUGCCGAUCCUGUUCCUAUUGUCAGGCCACUGCAGCUUGGGCCGGCCCGUGAAGGAAAUCUCAAGGCCCUUGAUGGUGACGAAUGUGUACAUCAUUUUUUCAUGGAUGGCCACUGUCACAGAGUCAGCUUUGCUGAAGUGGACCUUGAUCAUGGCAGCCUUCUUCAUGUAUGGCUGGGCCAGCUUGGAUAUGAUGGGCUGGAGUCGUGAAUUUGAACGGACCGCGCCACAAGAUCUCCCAAGCCGCAGUGUACGACCAUGGCUCUCGAAUGGUCUCAUCAUCCACUUCCAGUUCUUUGCCGCCUGCUACAUGGCCAGUUGUUUGGGCAUCAUUGAUGCCAAGACCGAACAAGUGGGUUAUUUCAUCGUGACCUUCGGAGCCAAGAUCGCCUACUGUGCCACCUUUGUGUUCAUCCGUGCCGAUGAAUACCACAAGACCUUGACAGAUGUCUUGCAGAAGGUGAGCGUGUCCAAUGUGGGGAUGAUCUCCAUCUUGCGCUGCAGCUUUGACAUCAUUGUCCCUUGCGUCAUGGACGCGGCAGGUCGUUGCAAGUUGCCCCUUCAGGUCUCAGGAGACAUGCUAAAGCUUGAAAAGAUGCUCGGCUGCCCGGUGGCCGGUGCCAAUUUGAAGGACUUGUUGGCACAAGAGAAGGAUCGCACCGACUUCUCCGAGUACGUCCGCAACGUGGUGCGCCAGGCGGACUGCCCGCAAGCCUUCUCGGAGGCGACCUUGACCACUUCGGGUGUGUGGAGCUGUGGCGCGGGUGUCACGCCUCCCAUGGCGCAGGUCUUGCACAGCAAAGUGCGUGCAGGGUCCGCCCAGUUCCGUGCCACCAUACAUUUGUCGGUGGUGCCACGUUCGGCCAUGAGCAAUUGCAAGGAGCGUAACCUGGUGGCAGCGAUUCAAUUCGAAGAGUUGGAGGACCAAGCUGAUCCGGACCUUGAUACCGCAGAGGCCUCCGGAUAUGAGACGUUCAAGGACCAACGACAGACUUCAGCAG